AUGUCUCAACUGGAUGAUGCUGAACCACUCCCUUCCCUUGUGAUUGAUUUCGGAAGGGGCUAUAUUAAAUAUAAUUCCACAUUUUCAGAUAAUAUUCCAUCCUCUAAUUCUUCCUCUGUUGUUUGUAAUGAAACUAGGAAUGUUAUUGCAAUACAAAAAGGAAAUCCCGAUGAGGAAGUAAAAUAUAUGAUUGAUAUUGAUUUGAGAAAAGGUCAUCGUUAUGCAAAGGUUUUUUAUCCAAUGAAGGAGGGGCAUAUUAAGGAUUGGAAUGUGUUUGAAAAGAUGAUUGAUUGUUUGUCGAGAGAUUCAAGGGUUUAUAUGGCAGAGACAAAUACAUUGAUGGGCUUUGGACCUCACAUGACAGAGAAUGAAAUGGUUAAGGUGGCCAGUGUAAUGUUUGAGAAUUUUAACACUCCAGAAUUUGGAUUAGUGUUGGAUGAUUGUAUGGCAGCAGUUGGAUCUGAUACAAUUUAUGGAACCAUGUUGGAUUGUGGAUAUUCCUCAACAAGAGCAGUUCCAAUAUUUGAUGGAGUUCCUUUGAUGGAGUCAAUUACUGAACUGAAUUUUGGAGGUAACAAUUUGAUAAUGCAUUUCCUUGAUUUAUUAAAACAGAGUGCAUUAUACACUAUUAAUGCAGAUUACAUUGGGGAUAGAGAAUAUUUUGGACCAUAUUGUUUGGAACGAAACGGUUACGUGCCACUAGAUUUUGAAAAGGAGCUGAAGAAAGUAAAAAUCAACAAGAUCGAGGAUUUACCUGAUCUCAGAUCAGCCCCUCUCAAUAAUUCUGUAUUCAUAUGUACGCAAGCUCUUUUUGAUCCUUCACUGGUUGGCUUGGAAGACCCAAGUAUGCACAAUUUGAUUAUGCAGUCAAUUUCCAAGUGUGAUGAGCAAAAACAAGCAGCUCUAUCAAAUGUUGUUCCAUGUGGUGGUAUGUCCAAUUUGAAAGGUUUAUUAGCAAGAUUGGACAAGGAGCUUAAAAUUGUUUCAAAAGAUAGCUCCUUCGUUCCUACUCUUUCAGAAAUGAAAAACAGAACCAAACUCCCAUUUAUUGGAGGGUCUAUUAUUGUAAAUUCUAGGACAUUAUUUGACAAAUUUUCUGUAAAACUUGAAGAUUACAAUGAAUAUGGUGAAUCCAUUGUAAAAAGAAAAUUUCUAUAA